UGGCAAUGGAUGUGCAAAACAAUAAGGCGGCGUAAUAAUAGGAUCUUUUAUUGAAAAAGUAAAUACCGGCAAUAAUUUGUGUAUUAUUAGUACUUCCGCGUUGUUCGAUGUUAUGAAAUAGUGUUGUUUAUAGGGAGUGCAGUGAUUGUGAGUGCUGGAAUAUUGACCGAAGGUGGCAGUUUUGAAUUGUUCAAUAGUAUUAAAUGGGCCGCAAGUGCAGCGUUAAAGGUUGUUUGUCGGAUUCGCAACGCCGCGAAGAUUUGGGGGUUACAUUUCACAGGGUACCACUUCACCCCGAUAUAAGACCCAAAUGGUUCCUAUUAUGUCAAAUACCGGAAGAAAAGAAGGUCGCCUACGUCUGCUCGAGACACUUCUUGAGAGCGGACUUUUGUAAUUUCAAAGGAAAAAAGUACAUGCUGCGACAGGGCGCUCUUCCAAGCAUAUUCCCAUGGAACAAACCCAAGCCUAAACCUAUACCAUUGCUAGUAACGAAACUGCUUUCUGAAGAAAAUGAAAGUACCAGUACUGAGCACACAGAGGACACCAAUGAAAGCAUACCAGAAGAGAACAAAGAAGUAGAUCUAGAGAAAGAAGAAGCAGAAGAUAUGAAACCUGAUGCAUCGACUGCUGCAGAGACUGCAAAGGAAACCAACAUCAUGCAAACUGUAGAGGACACUGUAGAAAUUAAACAAGAAAUAUUGAACACCAACUCGGCUAUUGAGCAGAAGAUCACUGUAAAAACAUCCACUGGCUCAUUGACAUUUGCUCCAAAUGCCCGCAUUGAGGCCCUUGACUUUAAUCAAACUUGGAGCCCAGCCACAAUCAUAGAGGUUGACUAUGUGGAAAAUGAAGUGCUGGUCCACUUUGAUUCCUAUAGCAACAAGUAUGAUGAGUGGAUUGGCAUCAACAGCUCUUCAAUCAGGGCCCUUAAUGAUGAGCCACAGACCAAAGCUCAGGUGUUCAAUGUCAGUGAAAGAUGUAUGGCAUGCUGGAAUGAUGGAAAAAAAUUCAGUGCAACAAUAACAAAAAAGUUUGAUGACAAUACCUAUGAUGUUCUAUUCGAUGAUGGGUAUUCAAGAGUGUUGAAGGGCCACAAAAUAUCAAAAUGUUUAUCCCAGCCCUUGCAUCAGAGUCCCUUGUUUGAACCUGCAAAGGGCACCAAGGAGGAGCGAAGGAAUAGAAACAGAAAAAUUAAUGUUGCAAAUUUAUUCAAGAAAAGAACCAGAACUUCCAGCCAAGAAUCAAACGAGGAAUCAUUAGGAGCCAUGGAUGCCAGAGAACAUGAUAAGAAUGAUAUGUGGAUACCAAGUUGGAGUAAUGGAAAACCAGUGGGAAUAGAAUCUCAAUUGUCUAUGCUAGAUGGAUUCAGACCUUCCGUGAUUGUACCUGACCCAAAGUUACCACCAAAAUGGGAAAAGCAUCUGGUCCAAAGGAUGUAUGGUAUGUCUGCGGGCAAAUGGACAAGCAUUAUUUUAUCGCCUGAUGGUAAAAGGUUGAGAUUUAAAGCGGAUGUUGUCAAGUACUUGGAAGAGAAUCCUCACUUAAAUUUGAAGGAAACCAUGUUUGAUUUUGUAAUAUCCAAGAAAGGCAAAAAAAGGAAAUUAACAGACUCAUCUGCAAAUAGUCAUUCAGCUGCAAGCACUACAACCACGCCAACUAUAGCUUCAUCACAUGCUACAACUCCUUCUACCGCACAAACACCAGCAUCACCAAAAUCGCCUCACACGGAAGAAACUCCUGAAAAGAUUAAGAAACCUUUGGUACAAAUACUCUACGAAAAUGGUGCUUAUUUGUGCCCAAUCGAUGGGUGCGGCAAGAAUUUUAGACGCGAAAACUUGGCUUUGAUGCAUGUUAAGCAUUACCAUCCAAAAUACUCGAAGUUCUUGGAUUCUACGCCGAACGUUGCGGACUUGGCAUAUGCCAGAACCGUUGGCGAGAGUUUAGACAGGUCACCUAUUUCGGAGAAAUCAUAUAAAGUUACAAAAUCUAGGAUAUCGACACCAAAAAUCAAGCAAGAAUCAUUGACAGAUGAAUCUGUUAAGGAUACAGAAAUUAUUAAAUUACUUACUAGUAAGCCGUUUGAAACGGCUGAAAGUGUAGAGACAAGUUCGAAUGAUUCGCAGGUGCCGCCAAUUAAUGGAACACCAAUCACGAACUAUCAAGAAAUAAAAUUGAAAGAUCUUUUGGUGAAAUCAGAUGAUAUUGAUUGUAACAAACCUGCUGGUGCAAUUUCUGGCAAAACGGCUGGAAUAAAGACAUUAUUGCCUGUAAAGAAGGAGGAUCCACGGAAAGAAACUCCACGUAGAAAGCGAAUUUCUGAAUCGGUGGAUUCGCCAAUGAUGAUGAUGAAAGAGGUCAAAUUGGAAGAACCUUUAGAGGUUCACCCUUCACAGCAACCACCUCCUCCGGAUAAUAAUAUUAUUAUCGAAGGCGGAGAAGUCAUCAAGAUUGUCCGCAUGAAACAGGAAGAAAUUAUUAAUUGUACUUGCGGUAUAACUGAGGAAGAUGGACUGAUGAUUCAGUGCGAGUUGUGUUUGUGCUGGCAACAUGCUUACUGCAAUAACAUCCAGAAGGAGAACGAAGUACCGGAGAAGUACAUAUGUUACAUCUGCCAACAUCCGGUUAGGCAACGGACGUCAAAGAAGUACAUGCACGAUCAGGAUUGGCUUAAACAUGGCACCCUGCCAUCGGCAUCCUAUCAUUGCAAAGACGAGGAGAGUCAGAAGGCGACGUUUGAACGACUUAAAACCUCGCACGACUUGAGCGGAGGUUUGCUGGAACUGAAAGACUUCAUGCACUCUCUGAAAUUGAAGAUAAAGAUUGCUGAGAUCAAAAAUCACCCAAAGUUAUAUUUAUGGAGUAAACCAUGGGAUAAGUUACCGCUUCCGGAGAAGGAUUCGGCAAAAAUCAAGGACGAAAAACCAGCGAUGGACUCGGAGUCUUCAAUGUUAAUGUCGCUGCUGAAGUCUCCAAACAAGGACGACCUGAAAACCGAUUUCCCCAAAAUCGACCUGAACUCUUUGAUCGAGAACAAUUUGGAGGCGCUGCAGGGGAUUCCCCAGCCGGAAGCUGCCAUCGAAUCGGCCGACUGCAAGAUCAACUUACUGGAACACAUUGCGCAUUGCCAGAAUCUGAUCGAGGAGAGGCUCAACACGUUCGAAAAGCAAAUUAACGAUCUGGACCCUGCCUCAAUUAACGACAACGACACAGAUUAUACCAGGAUCCGACAUACCACGAACAUGCUUUUGAAAGAUCUUAAUACUCUUAAAGAGUUCUCGCAGAUCACCACGUUUUAAUCACUUAUUUUAAUCGUUGUAUUAUUGAAUAAUCGUUAUAUCAAUUAUAAUCAGUGAAAAUAGAG